AUGGCUUCCAAGAAGGUCAUCCUUGUAGUAGCUUUGCUUUUCUUGCUUAAGUGUCACUGGGCACAGUGUCAAUUCUUCGGGCCUUAUAAUGGCGGAUUUGGUUUUCCCGGUUGCUAUGGAGGCUAUGAUGAUGACGACGAUUGGGAAAUGAUUCUGCCCAUUCUCCUCUUGACUAUGUGUGGAAGAGGAGACUACGGUGGUUACGGUGGCUAUGGUCCCCCUGUACCGAUACCGUAUGCUAACGGCGGCUGCGGAUGCUGUUGUGGAUGCUGUAGUGGAUGUUGUGGAUGUGGACGAUGC